CGCCCGAUCGAUUUCAUAGUCCUCGCGUCGGACCCAUCCAGCCCGCUCUAUCUUCAGCUGUAUCACCACCGGACGCGACACGCGCCGCCCUUCCAGACGUUCCGCAGACAUUCACGAAGCGUCUCGUUCUCAUGGACGGAUCCAAGCCAACAGUUGCCACAGUCUCCGGCCCCACCUCCUUCUGCCGAGCAGCGGCAGAAACCGUUUUAGGUGAUCCGUCUUCAAUCAAACUUAGACUCAAAGUUAGCAUUGGGCCCGUUCCGGAUGCGAGCUCCCUAGCCUUUACCUUGGGAUUGGGCUUGGACUUCGCCUUCUCCCCACUCCUGAAGCUACAGCGCACGCCCUACGGCGGACGCUCGCUCUUCGCCGCGCAGGCGAUCCCGGCGGGUACACUGUUGCACGUCUGUGCGGCGCCGCAUGCGCAUGUGGUCUAUCGUGCGUUCCGCAAGGAGGUGUGUGCGCGGUGUUUUGCGUAUGCUACGCAGGCGCAGAAGCGAGUUCAAGCUGGAUUCGGGGCUGGAGCACCGUAUUUCUGCGGUGAGGCUUGUCGGGACGCGUGGAUUGUGGUCGCACAAAUAGAGCAGAUCCUCGCAGACGAGGCACCAGAGGAACAUGAAGAACAGCUGGGAAUCACCAAGAACGGGACGCGACCGGAGAUGGCGAAGGAGCAGCUAGAUAGAGCUUGGGGACGCGUCGAAGCAUGGACAAAGGCAAAAUACGGUCGAAGCGGUCCACCUCUCCCGUUUGCAUUGGACGAAGGAGAGCUCGACAUUGCUCGGUUCGCCGUCAGCGCCAUUGUCCGCAGACAUCAAGAAGCCGAUCCUCCAUUCGCCGAGCCGGAGCUCGCAAUUUCGAGGCUUCUGAGCCUGCAGGACAGCGAGCUUGCGAACGUCCGGAUGCGCCCGUAUCUCCUGCGCGCGCACCUGCGUGUGUGCGCGUUUCUGGGUGCUGCUUUGCCGCCGCCGCUGCGUGCACACGUGGGCGUCGUGAGGCAGCUCCUUGCGCGCGAGACAGGAAACGCGUUCGGGAUCUGGGAAGGCGACCAGCUACCUGAAGGGAGGAUUAGUAUAGGUGACUCGGAGAAGGAGGCAGAGGACACGAGAGACAUGCGGGAACGCGAGAUGUUUGGGUGGGGGGUGUGGGUGAGCGCAAGCCUGUUCAAUCACUCGUGCGCGCCCAACGUGCGCAAGAAGCGGUCUGGGCGUUCGUUGGAGUUCUUCACGUUGCGAGAUGUGAAGGAGGGCGAGGAGCUGCGUAUUUCGUACGCCAGUACGGAUAAGCCCGUUGGAGAAAGACGGGAGGCGCUACGGACGAGCUGGUUCUUCGACUGCAUGUGCUCGCGAUGUGUGCGAGAGAGUAGCUGAGGGUGAGGGUGAGGGUUUGGUCGUGGUUAUACGUUUUGCUGUGGCGACAUGGGUUUUAUUGUCUUGGGUUUAUUUGGUUGCUUUGUUUUGGUCUCAGUGUCGUACAUCUUUGGAUAGCUGGGUAGAAUAGAGGGUUCACCAUCAUCAUCAUAUUCUUAGGCCGCGGUCAAGUCGCGCACAUACG